UCCCACAGCUGAGUUAUCGCGAGAUCUCGGGGUCGCGCUCACCGCGGGGGCAAUGGCCGCCGAAUACAAUGGGUCGCCGCCGAGCUGUUGCCGCUGACACCGCGACCGUGCCACAGCCAUGGACAGCCCAGCCGCGCUGCUGCCCGCCGAGUCCGGGCGACCGCCUGACGACUCGGGGCCCGCUGCUGAGGCCGAGGCGCCUGACGCAGUGGCUGUCGAGCUGAGCCAGCUGGAGCGGUGCGGAGUUUGCCGUGAGGCCCUGAGGGAGCGGCAGCCCCGUCUAUUGCCCUGCCUGCACUCGCUGUGUAAGGGCUGCAUCGGAGCCAACUCUACCUCCCCGGGGGAAGGGCUCAUUUGCUGUCCAGUAUGCAGGCAGCAAUGUUACAUAAAGGACAUCAUUGAGAAUUACUUUUUGAGGGACACUGGCGAAUUGGACAGCAGCUCGAACAGGAAAGUUAGUCAGGUAUGUACCAGCUGUGAAGAUAAUGCUGUGUCCUCUAGCUUUUGUGUCGAGUGUGCUGAAUGGCUCUGCGAUGCCUGUGUUGAGGCUCACCAGAGAGUGAAGUUCACAAAGGACCACACUAUGAGCAAGAAGAAUCCAGGGCUCACAGUUGAUGGCAGGUCAAACUGCGAGCGACCGAUCUUCUGCUCCAUUCACAGACAGGAGACCCUGAAGCUGUUCUGUGAGACAUGUGACACUCUAACCUGUCGGGACUGUCAGCUGCUCACACACAAAGAUCACAGGUACCAGUUUCUCGAGGAAGCCAUUAAGAAUCAGAAACUGACGUUGGAAAACCUAGUGAAGAGGUUGACAGAGAAGAAAACUCAGCUGCAAGUUACCACCAAACAGGUUCGCACAAGGUUGAGAGAUGUCCAGGACAUGCAAAAGAAGGUCCAGGUUGAGAUCAAGAUGGCUAUCCUUCAAAUAAUGCGAGAGCUUAACAAACGGGGCAAGACGCUUAUCCAGAGAUUGGAGAAGUUGACAGAAGAGAGGCAGCUACAGCUGGGGCAGCAACACUUGUCCAUGUCCAAACUGUACUGGCAAAUGGAUCACGUCUUAAAGUUUGCUUCCUGGGCUAUCAGCACCGAUAACAGCACAGCCCUGUUGCUGUGCAAGAAACUGAUCUUCUUUCAGUUGCAAAGAGGGUUACAAUCCAAAGUGAACACAGAGGAGUUGAAAAAUGACAUCAUUACAUUUCUCUGGGACUCUGCGUUCUGGACUAAGAAUGCAGCCAACUUUGGUAAUGUUGUGAUUGAAAUUCCUCCAACACUAUCGGCACAUCUUCCAGUUCAGCAUCCUUCAACAUCUGGCCACUGCCAUCAGCCUGUCUCCCAGCAUCCCACCGUCUCCCAGCAUCCCACCGUCUCCCAGCAUCCCACCGUCUCCCAGCAUCCCACCGUCUCCCAGCAUCCCACCGUCUCCCAGCACCCCACCGUCUCCCAGCACCCCACCGUCUCCCAGCACCCCACCGUCUCCCAGCACCCCACCGUCUCCCAGCACCCCACCGUCUCCCAGCACCCCACCGUCUCCCAGCACCCCACCGUCUCCCAGCACCCCACCGUCUCCCAGCACCCCACCGUCUCCCAGCACCCCACCGUCCCCCAGCACCCCACCGUCCCCCAGCACCCCACCGUCCCCCAGCACCCCACCGUCUCCCAGCACCCCACCGUCUCCCAGCACCCCACCGUCUCCCAGCACCCCACCGUCUCCCAGCACCCCACCGUCUCCCAGCACCCCACCGUCUCCCAGCACCCCACCGUCUCCCAGCACCCCACCGUCUCCCAGCACCCCACCGUCUCCCAGCACCCCACCGUCUCCCAGCACCCCACCGUCUCCCAGCACUCACCCGUCUCCCAGCACUCACCCGCCUCCCAGCAUCCCACUGCCUCCCAGCACUCACUCAUCUCCCAGCACUCACUCAUCUCCCAGCACUCACCCGCCUCCCAGCAUCCCACUGCCUCCCAGCACUCACUCGUCUCCCAGCACUCACUCAUCUCCCAGCACCCCACUGUCUCCCAGCACUCACUCGCCUCGCAGCACCCCACCGUCUCCCAGCACUCACCCGUCUCUCAGCACCCCACUGUCUCCCAGCAUAAUCGAAUGACUAUGACCCAAGGCACCACUUGGCGAAAUCACAUGCCAAUGCAGCCCUCCCAUCGACCACCACCACCCAGUUACCAUCAACUCCAACCUCCUCGCCAGUCUCCUGCGCAACAUAGUACGCAGCAGGUCCUCAUACGGCAGUCUCAUUCAGCUCCAUCCUGGCCCCCAGUAAGUGGACAGACACGGAUGCAGCAAGCUGUGCAGCUAGUAAGGCCAACAGCCGCAGUGCCAAACCCAAACGGGAGAUACCUGCAGCAGAUGCAAGUACAAUUGGUGCGACAAGGGAACAUUGUGCAGAUGCAACAGCAGCAGCAACAGCUCAUGGCUCAAAUGCUAUUACUGCCACAGAUGAAUGGAGUCCAAGUCCACCAGCCUCAAGGACAUACUCAGGGAGCUGCCAAGGCACUGACCAGUGGGCAGCAAUCUGCCACUCUGUACCCACAAUUACCUGUCCAGCAACCUACUGCCAUCAGCAGACUACCUUCACCUAUGCAGCGGCAGCCACUGCCCUUUGGAGCCAGCAUGCCUGGUAGCAGACAGUCCCCACCAGUGCAGCAAGUGUCUACAUCCAUCGCACAACUGAACGUACCGGUCAGCCGGCCUUCUCCUCCAGUGCAGCAAGCACUCAAAUCAAACACUACUUUUAAUCGUCGAUUUCUCUCCAAUGCCGCACCCCAGCAAGUUCACCCCAGCAGUCCUGUCAGUCAAAGUACUCAGGUUGGUGUGAAUUGCCGUCAGUCUCCAACAUCAAACCCUCACUUUGGCAGCAGCCCGGUUUACCAACUCAAGAUGUUGGUGGAGCAGGCAACCUCGUAUCCCUGUGUCAUUCUGCCCCACAGAGACGGUCCAGCCAAUGCGCACGAUCUUAUGCAGAAGCAGCUGUCAGAUGCCAGUCGCAGUGUGGAACACGAGGGGCAGAGAGGUCGCAUUGAAGAACUUCAGGAAACUUCAGAGUUUGGAUGCGUACCUUUGCCAAGUACCUUGAAGUGCAACGGUGACAGUUCCAACUCCAGUGUUGAAUCCAAGCUCAGGGCGAAGGUUCCAUAUGUGCGGUUAGAACGCUUGCAGAUUGAUCUGUCCACUGACACUGAGCUUCCAACCUUCAAAUUGCUACCUGGCAGUGGCCAGGAUGAAUUCAGCCUGAUCGUCAUCGAAGGAGAUGGUUUGCCUUUGAAUCCAUCCUUCAGGACACCAACUCUGGAGAGCACACUGACCCCACCGAACUCAGCCUCUCCUGCGUCAGAAACAGACAUUGAAUUUGUGUUCAGCGAGAGGACAGAGGUAGGAACCAAGCGCUCCCACCAGCACCACCCCCUCAGCCCCACGCCUUCCCCCAGUGAGAAGUCACCCGGGAGCAUUCCAGACCUCAAGGCAUCCCCGCUGUGCAGCGUCAGUGAGAAGGGUGAAGAGUCUGAUGAGGUCGUCUGUGUCGUUUGUGGGAAAGGAGGCGAGCUACCGUGUUGUCGUCGCUGUCUAAAGGUGUUUCACAUUGAUUGCCAUGUUCCUGCUUUGUCCAGUGUGCCAAGUGUUGAAUGGACAUGUUCAUUGUGUGUAGAUUUGGCAGCAUCUGAAAUCCAGAAUGAAAGUUCAGCCGCAGCAUUGGAAGCUGAAAGUGGUUCUGCAUCAGGGUGUCUUGGUGCUCUCGAUCAGAGGAAAUGUGAACAUUUGCUGUUGUUGCUUCUCUCUCAUAAGAGGAGUCAUGCUCUCCAGAAUCCUACUGGUCUCUUGCAAUUGAAGAAUCAACAAGUAAAUCUGUCUUCCAUUAGAGGAAAACUUGAGAAGAUGAGCUCACCCCAUUACUCCAGACCUGAAGAAUUUGUGAUGGAGGUUCGAUUAAUGUUUAAGACAUACAGCAAACUGGUUCAGGACAAGGAAGUGGCAGAGUCUGUGAAGACGCUGCAUUCUUUCUUUGAGGAGAAAUUGGCGGAUGUCUUCAGCGGCAAAACCUUCACCCAGUCCCCUGCGGAUGAGCGAGAGGUGGAACUGGGCAUCAAACACUGUGACCAAACUGACACAAGGGAGCCAGCUUGUUCUGCUGAUGGUCUCGACAGCAGCCCACUGCAAGCUAAAAGGCGGCGUCUGGAUGAAGACUAGCGACUUUGGGUGAGGAAGGAACCGGUAACUGGGUGAAUGGUUGACAAGAGGAUUUGCAAGCCGGUAGCUUGUGCCGAUCUUGUUCAAGUGAUUUUCGUUUUACAAGACUAAAUACACAGGAGAGCCCCAACUAUCUUUAAUGACUGUGAUGUGCUGGGGUGCCCCAAGCUGGAAAUUUCAAUCUGGGCCCCGGGCAAUAACUCUCAUCGGAAGAUUAAUCUUCAGAAGUGCCCAGUGUUGGGUUCAAGUCCAACUAGUGCAAAGAUUAUUUGUUUUCUUGGUUUCUGGUCUACUGAGACUUUUACAAGCAGAGGUCAGAGCCAGAGUUGUGUUUUUUCUAUAUGUAAACUGUAUGUAUUAAAAGAAUCGAUAAUGUGUAAUAUACAUUGUCUGUAUUUCAUGUUGAAAUUCAUACUGGAUCAUAGUAAAACAGAAAAGGAAAUAAACUCAUUUCUCUGAGGGGAAAUACUAUGUCACUCAGUAAUAAAAAUGAAAAGAAAAUCCAUCUUUA